AUGACGUUUGUUGACAGUUUCGCUUUGUUAUCGUGCAGAUUAUUUUCUACAUUUCGGUCUCGAACUAAAUUCUUGUGUAUCAAUAAACGUAAAUUUCAUAUGGAUUUGAAGAAUGAAGCUAAAACAAUGGAUAUGGUCAGCGUUCCACCAAUCGUGGCGACAUACCGGCUCGCCCUGCAAACCUUCGACGAGAAGGCUACGGCUAAUCUCCCUGCCAACAUAAACAAACUUAAGAAGAUAAUGGACAUAUUAAGAAGCGAAGAUCUAGGCUUGGAGAGACGGUUAUGCGACCCGGCGACGUGGAAAAGCUCAAACAAAGCCCCAUGUACGUACAUUCAAGUGUUUCAAAACAGUAGUGUCAAUAUGAGUAUUUUCGUGUUGAAACCUGGUUUCAAGAUGCCGUUGCACGACCAUCCUCACAUGCACGGUUUGCUGAAGGUAAUAUACGGUGCGGUGAACAUUCGUAGUUUCUCCGAGCACCCUGUGACGAAAAAGAUGAGCCCUAUCGACAUAGCGAUACAAGCCAAGCACGAGGCGUCUAGGCUCGCUCACGGGACACAUUUAAAGCGAAAGUUUUUUGCUGAAGUCUCACAGGAUCGUGUUUGUCGAGAAAGUUCAGAUACCUGUGUGCUGACUCCAACUGUGUCUAACUAUCAUGAGAUAGAAGCAUUGGAAAUGCCAGCAGCAUUCUUUGAUGUCCUGUCACCACCUUAUGACACUUUGAUAGAAGGUAUAGGGCCCAGGCGAUGUAGCUACUAUAAAAUUGUCAAUAAAUUGAGUACCAACUUAGUGGAAUUGCAAGAGACAGUAGCCCCAGAUUGUUUUUUCUGUGAUCAGUCACCUUAUUUAGGCCCGAAGCUGGCAUAGCUACAAACUAAGUUAGGUAGCUAUGAAAUUAAAAUAAUUGACCAGAAAUGUGUACCUUAAAUGAAUUUUAUAAAGUAUGUUUAUUGCAUUCUUUAGUUAUUAUUACUCAGGAUAAUACUGUGAAUGAAUGUGAAAAAUAAAGUGAAGGAUAUUACAAUUAUAAAUGCUUCAGCAGAUGUAUUUUACAAUAAGCUUAACUAGUGAAGCCAAUUUCCACUAUGUGUGAGUCUCUUCUUUAGCUACAAUUUUGGUUUAUAGUUCAAACUAUAAUUUAAAAACAAAAUGAUUUUUUAUGUUAAAAAUAUAAAAUGAAGGUGCAUGGUCCUUUCGUCAUGCACAUACAUACAUUAGUACAGUACCAGUUUUGCAUAAAGGUUACAAUGAAGUUUUUAAGUAUUUCAUCAAAUUACAAUUUAUUAAACAAGUAAAAAGAAGCACGCCAAAAUAAUUGGCCGAGGUCUUGCAAAUCUAUCAAAAUUGUGUGUUUUAAAGUACUGCUAGCUAUAGAACCUAAUAAUGUAAUUUUGUUUGAUGAGAUAAAGAUUUUUAAAUAUUAUUAUUUUUUGAAUAUUAAGUCAAGUCUUAAUCCAUUCUAGUAAAAGUACUAAGUAAAUAAUCUGCCUUCAAAAUUAACUGCUGAAAUGAAUAGUUCAAAAAUGUUAGUGCCUUGAUUUGAGAAUAUUUUCUGUAUGAUGAAUUUAAUCAUUAUUUAAUCCAGUCAUAAUUUCCAUACAAAGUUAUAUGAAAGAUGUAAAGAGAUAUAAUGUCGUAUUUUGUCUCCAAUAUGUAUGUGGUGAUUUUAAAUUUAGCUGUCCCAUAUUCUAAAUUUAAGUAAUAUCUUGGAUUUCAUCAUUCCACUAGUCUUUUAUUCAAUAAUUGUGUACAUGACUUAUUGUAACACAAAAUAAAAAAAUCUAUUCAAGGUUAUAUGGGCUGUAUCUAAAAGUAAUUUUGGAAUGUGUCAAAAUUCUUAUUCAUACUAGUUGCUCUAGCCGUAGAUACAAUAAUUGACAUGGUACAUGGUGCCCGGCUCUGUCGCGCCACUGCAGAAGAGCAGUAGGGAAAAUUGGUAAGAUACACUAACAAAGUGUAAAAGAUUGUGAUGAUGGCUAGGUUCCCAGUUUUGACUUUUUUUUUGUGACUUCGCUCUAAAGCUAGAUAAAGAUUUAGAGGCACUAAGUUUAUUGUCAGUCACCAUUACCAGUUAAAAGAUUUUGUUGAUGUGGCCUCAGGCAAAAGGUAACAUUCACAAAGUGCCUUUUGGCUGAGAACCACAAAUGUAGUCUAGAACUUAGAUGUUACCAUUAAGUAUAAUCAUUCAGUCAUAUUGAUCUCCCUUCCUGUCAUACUUUUAGAUUAUUAUUCAAAGUCAUAUGCACAAUAAGGUCAAUUAUAUUAGGGUUAACACCUUAAUGUGUUGUCAAAAGUCAAAAUAUUUUAUUUAUUAUAAGCAUUGCCCGUAACUUUCAUGCUUAUGACAUCAAUUUGACGUCACACUGCAUAUAGUUUUGUUGUAAUAAUUAAUGAUUAUUUAUUAAUCAAUUUAACC